UCCGCCGUAUUGUUUCUUACUACAAAACAUAGCAAAAACAACCCCAUGAAAAUUUGGGAUUGCUCGACCAUAUCAAUGAAGAAACUUCAAACCCGACUAAAUUUUAUUGCAAAAGUACAGUUUACUGUUGUUAUGGAGAGAAAGCGUAAAAGCAAUCCUGAUGUUAAAGUCGUUGGACGUAGAAUCUACGAUUCAAAAAAUGGCAAAUCCUGCCACCAGAGUGAUGCUUCAAAUGAAGAUAGUAGUAGUAGCACUAGUGAAUUUGUUCCAGUGACAGAAGUGGUAUCUAAAAUAGAUGUUGCCAAGAAGAAGAAGAAAGUAUUCUGCAAGAGGACCAUACUGAGACAGGAUAUUCAGUUGAAGGCUCAGCUUCCUCAGGGUACACGCUUGACUUGUGUAUUAGGAAUUGAUAUACCCACUGUAGAAGCUGCAAAUGUAUGCCAGCUUUUCGAGUUUUGAUCUGCCUUUGGAAAGGUUCUUGGUUUAAAGGAAAUACAAACCUCAACUUAAACUCGAAAGCAACAGUUCUCUACUCAUUUUGUUAAAUUUGUUGUUUCCUAAAAAUCUAAGAGAAAGAGUUGGGGAGUUGGAUUUCUUCAUAAGGUUUAAGGAGAGAUUCUAGAAGGUUAUGGAGGUGUUUGAGAGGGGAUCCAAGGCUGUUGGUGUCAGUAGGGUUAUGUCUUUCUGUGUUCUUCCCAUUCUUUCUUCUAAUCAUCACAGAUUAUAGGUGAGUGCUUGACCAUGGCUGAUCUAAGCUGUUGGCUUGUUCCUGAGGCUUAAGAAGAGGUUUCGAGAGGGUUUCCUGGAGGUUUUUGUGGCUGUUCGUGGGUGUUCUAGCAAGGGAUCAGUGGGAUUCGUGGCUGAGGUAUCAAGAGAGGUUGCUGGAGGGUUCUUCUUCUAUGUUUUUUUAAAUUCCUAUUAAGGUGAGUACGUGACCAUUGUUGAUCUGGGCAUAAGAGCUUAUGAUGUGUGUUUGAUUGA